AAAUUGUUUACACGCUACUCUCUGCUGAAAAAUUAAAUAUUAUGGAAAAGAAAAUUGCUGUUGUGACUGGGGCGAAUAAAGGGUUGGGCUUUGCUUUAGUAAAAGGGCUCUGCGAGAAACUAAAUGGAACAGUUUAUUUAACUUCAAGAGAUGAAAAAAGAGGCAUUCAAGCGCGAAAUGAAUUAAAUAAAAUCGGGCUUAAACCUGAAUAUUGUCAACUGGAUGUAACAGAAGAAGAUAGCAUUCAAAAAUAUAUUACUAAUAUUAAAAGUAAACAGGAAAAAAAAGACAUAUUAAUAAACAAUGCAGGAAUACUGUUCCUUAAAGAUGCGCCAGAACCCAAAGUCUUUCAAGCAGAACAAACAAUCAAAGUUAACUUCUCUUCUUUGGUGAAUUUUACUGAAGCUAUAUUGCCAUUUUUAAAUGAUAACGGUUGUAUCUUAAACAUAUCCAGUUCUUCUGGUCAUUUAUCGAGAAUACCUUCCGAAGAUAUACGAAAAAGAUUAAGCGCGACUGAUUUGAGUUUAGAGGAAUUAAAAACGUUAAUGCAAGAAUAUUUAGAUGCUGUGAAACAAAAUAAAGAGGUGGAACAAUGGGGAUCUUCACCACGUGACGUAUGAUACGUCGUAUCUAAAGUUGGCGUCAAUGCAUACACCUUCAUGUUAAAUAGAAGACUGAAGAACAGAGGUAUUCGCGUUAAUUGCGUACAUCCCGGCUAUGUGAUGUCAGACAUGACAAAGGGAGUCGGUUCUAUAAGCCCUGAUGAUGCUGCAGUAGUUCCUUUGCAAAUUGCUUUGAAUCCUGAAGACGGAGGCUUGUUUGUAUGGCAUGAUGGUUCCCGCGUCCCUUGGGACGGACCUGACCCUAGAGGCUAUAUGGAUAAGAUGAUGUAACUGUAAUCUCAGCUUAUUCUUGUGAUUAAAUCAAAUAUAAAACUUUA